GGGAGGCUCAGCCCUGGAGCGGCCUCAGGUUAUGCCAGAAGAGAUUCAGGGUGGACGUCAAGAAAAAUUUCUUCAUGGAAAGGUGGUCAGGCAUUGGAAGGAGCUGCCCCGUGGAGUCCGAGUCCCUGGAGGUGUCCAAGAAAUUAUGGAGGAAAAAAUGUAAACCUUCAUUUCUCAAGAGGGACCUGCGGGCUCCGGCCCAUGGCCUCUGACCACAGCUCUGCUGCUCUCGACUACAACUCCGUGGUUUCUGCUGCUGGCACGUCCCAUGUGGGUGGCACCAGUGUCCAGCCUGGGGCCUGGCCCGGCAUCGUCAGCAUCCAGGCCACCUGGGAGAAUGGCACGUGGCACAUGUGCACGGGUGUCCUCCUCAGCUCCCAGUGGGUGCUCACGGUCGCACACUGCUUCGCCAGGGCCGGGGGCAUCUCCACGUGGGACGUGGUGAUCGGGGCCACAGAUCUGACUCAGAUGGGCCCUGAGGCUCUGGUGAGACGCAUCCAGAGGCUCCUGGUGCACCAGCACUACGUGGCUGCCACGGCCAGGAACGACAUUGCCCUGGUGGAGCUGGACCAGCCCGUGGAGUGCAGCGACUACAUCCAGCUGGGCUGUGUGCCCGACCCCUCACUCAGGGUCUCGGAGCUGAAAUCCUGCUACAUCGCUGGCUGGAACUUUGCCAGAGCUCAGGGAACAGGCAUGGUGCUGCAGGAGUCCAAGGUUCACCUCAUGGACACCGAGCUCUGCAACAGCAGCCCAUGGUAUGCAGGGGCUGUUCAUGCUGACAACCUGUGUGCUGGGUACCCACAGGGCGGCAUCGACACCUGCCAGGGGGACAGCGGGGGUCCCCUCGUCUGCAAGGACAAUGCAGCUGACUACUACUGGCUGGUGGGAUUGAACAGCUGGGGAAGAGGCUGUGACAGAGCCAGGCACCCCGGGAUCUACACCUCCACUCAGCACUUCUACAACUGGAUCCUGCUCCAGACGGGCCUGAGCCCAGCAGAAAGAGCUGGUCCAGCACCGGAGUCACCUGUCACCUCGGCCCCCGAGGAGGAGCCUGAGGAACCAGUGAAGGAGCCUGAGGAACCAGAGGAACCAGAGGAAGAGAUCAACUUGACCCCUGAGUACAAUGAGAAACCAGCAGUGACAUCCUCGGGCACGUCACUGCCCAUGGCAUUCCCACACCAGAUCCUGGUGCAAUUCUGGAAUCUGGUGCAGGAGUUCCUGCAGUUUUAGAAGGACAAAAAGCCUGAGCAGCAGCAGGAUGAGCAGGAUCCAGGGCUACAGUGGAUCACGGCAGCUCCAAGGCAGCCUUGGGGCCAGAGACUUCUCUGUCCUGCCCACGCUGCUGCGCUGCAGCCACAGCGAUGCUGACGUGACUGAGGUGUUGAAGUAAAGUUUCUGUGUUCGCCAUUA